GAUACAGCUUUAUUUUGAAAUUAAGCGUUGAUUUAACUUUUUCAUAACCGGAAGUAGAUGACAGUUUGUGUUCUAAAUGUCGUUGCACGUUUCUUCUGGUCGUUUAUCAGCUCAUUAUUGACCUUUUGUGUCCCUCUGGAUGUUGACCGUGCGGGCUCUGUUUGGGAUCGGUGUCCUGGUGACCUCUCGAGCCGCUGUGGUCCUCGCUCAGAGGGGGACAUGUUCUCUGUCCACCGCAGCUAACCACCACAAACAAGACUGUUUCAGCAGCAGAGCAGCUUCCACCAUGGCACAGACCAUCAAAUAUCUUGGGCAGGAGGAGGCCCAGCACAUCGACGAGGAGCUCUUCAGUGAAUACGGCUUCAGCGUGGACCAGCUGAUGGAGCUGGCUGGACUUAGCUGUGCCACGGCCAUCACACGGGCGUAUCCACUCACUUCCCUGGUCAAGGCUCGUCCUUCUCUGCUGGUGAUCUGUGGACCUGGUAACAACGGAGGAGACGGACUUGUCUGUGCUCGACACCUGAAGCUCUUUGGCUACGAGCCGGCCAUCUUGUAUCCAAAGAGGCCAAACAAGCCUCUGUUCCAGGGCUUGACCACACAGUGUGAGAAAAUGGAGAUCCCUUUCUUGACUGAGAUGCCUGAGGCCAAAGUGGUUGACGAGGCUUACAACCUGGUGAUCGACGCCAUCUUCGGCUUCAGCUUCAAAGGCGCCGUGCGAGAACCUUUUGGCUCCAUCUUAGAUGUGCUGAAGAAAACCACAGUUCCCAUAGCGAGCGUCGACAUCCCAUCAGGUUGGGAUGUGGAGCAGGGAAGCGUUGACGGACUCCAGCCCGACAUGCUCAUCUCUCUGACCGCUCCCAAGAAGUCUGCCUCCCUGUUCAGGGGUCGAUACCACUUCCUCGGAGGUCGCUUUGUGCCUCCUGGCCUUGAGAGGAAGUAUGAGCUCAACCUGCCUCAGUAUCCCGGCACAGACUGUGUGCUGCAACUGUAACAGGACGUAGGUUUCACCGAGACGCGUCUGUGACUCACAAUAAUUCAGCGUUUUUUAAAAAUAAUGCUUAUCUACUUUAUUUACCAUCCAAUUUCGGCUUGAACCAGCGUUCUGUUUCCAUGUCAGAAUAUAAAAAGUUCAAAAAUA